AAGGUGGUGAAUGGUCAGAACAGCAUCGUCCAAUUACUGCUGACACACAACGCGAACGUACAAAAGAGCGAUGUAAACGGCAAAACCGUCCUUCACUUGGCGGCCGCCUGUGGUCAUUUAACGUGUAUGCAGGUCAUCAUGAAUUGCAUGACUGACGAGGAAAUCAGGGCAGAAGACAAUCAACUUUGUACUGCAUUGCAUUGGGCCUGUUAUAAUGGUCAUGCAAAUUGUGUUGAAUAUUUGAUAGAGAAGGAUAUAUUUAAAGAACUGCAUGGAAAUGUUUUUUCACCAGUUCACUGUGCUGCAUAUUUUUUUUUAAUGAUGGAACCAAGAUUUUGUAGCUAUGAAAACCUUCAAUUCAAACAAAGAACAACAAAGAAAACAUUUAUUGAACUAGCAGAAAUGAUUGGAAAAAGCGAUGAAAAAAGAUAUUAGCAAAACCGUAUACAGGUGGACAACAUCCAGUGAGUUCAUACGGCCAUAUUUUAAUAUGGUUGUGGUACAUGGCUACACAGGAUACUUUGUUAAGCAUAGGAACUAGAUUUAACGUGUCCCCGACAACAGUAAUGAUUAUAACUAAUAAGGUGCUCUACUUUAUGCUAAAACUGAAGUCAUCGUCAGCCUGUAUCAGGUUUCCCAAACAUGAAGCUGAAGUAGCUUCUCGGGCGUGGAGCGCUGUCUGGAGGCAGUUUGCCAUCGAUUCGGCAACGAUCGGUGCGUCCGCCUGAUCGAUGCUCUGCACCGGACCCCCCUUCACGUGGCAGCCGUACGGGGGCACUCUGGCUGCGCCAGGAUGUUGGUGUCCAGGGGGGCGGAUACCGAAGCGAUGGAUGCGGAAAGCAGGACGCCUCUCAUCGCUGCCGCUCAAGCGGGACACUCCGCGGUUGUAGAAUUUUUAUUGGCAUGUAACGUCGAUUGCAAAGCAUGUGAUAAUUCUGGCAAUACAGCUUUACACUGGGCUUGCUUGAAGAAUCAUGCACAGACCGCCUUAUUGAUUUUGGGAGAUGUCCAAGGGGACAGCGUUGUUAGUAUUACCAAUAACGAAAAUAAAAUGCCUCUUCACAUUGCCGUACGGAAUGGUUUAGUAGAUGUGACUCGUGCGUUACUCGAAAAACAUGCUUCGUUGACAGCGGUGGAUAACGAAGGUUUGACGCCCGCCUUGUGCUGUGCUCCAAAUCAGAACGUCGCACAAUGCCUAGCCUUAAUAUUACAAUCACUGCCACAACUAGCCGUCGUUGGAGACAAUAAUAAAGGUAAGCAUGAGAGUAUGGAAUACUUUGCGUUUUUUAUUUCGAUAUUGAUAAAGUAG